AUGGCCUUUUUAUCCGAGAUGCACAAACUCCUUUUCCCCCUCGUCCUCCUCUUCUGCGUCCCUCUCACCUGUCUAUGCCAGACAACCAACAGCAGCUCAAUCAAUGCCACAACCAACACCAACACCACCACUCCUUCCUCAAUUAUUAGGCCCCCGAGGUACAUGCCAGGCUGCGGCAGAGACCUGAACCCCAUCUACAGGUACCUGUGUGACCGCCGGGCAGCGUGGGGCAUCGUGCUGGAGACCCUGGCCUCUGCAGGCUUCCUGCUCAGCUUGGGUCUCCUCCUCGGCCUUCUGCUCUGGUCCCUUUGGAUCUGUAUUUCAUCACGGAACCAGCGCAGCAGCAUCGGAGGCACGGUGGCCUGCAUGUCCAUGUUCUUGUUGGCCACGGCUGGGAUCUUUGCCAUCACCUUCUCUUUCAUCAUCAGGCUCACCCCUCAGACCUGCCCCACCAGGAUCUUCCUCUUCAGCGUGCUCUUCGCCCUGGCAUUCUCCUGCCUGCUGGCUCGCUGCCUCGCUCUGCUGGGCUUUGCGGCGGCCCGUGGCUGGGGGGAGCCCGCCCUGGCCCUGGGGCUCUCCACGGUCCAGGUUAUCAUCUCCACCCAGUGGCUGAUCGUAGUGUUGGUUCGGGACAAGAAGCCCUGCGAGUACAGCCAGGAGGAGUUUGUCAUGCUGCAGAUCUACGUGAUGUGCCUGCUGGCGAUCAGCUUGAUCCUCUCCCUGCACUUCCUGUGCCGCUCCUGCUUCACGUACAGCUACAGCUACACGGGAGCCGCCCGCCAGCAGGGCCGAACACAGGCCACGCUGCUCUUCCUCACGCUGCUGCUCUCCGCCUGCGUCUGGGUGGUGUGGAUCACCAUGCUUGUCAGGGGGAACCCCGAGGUGGGCCACCGGCCGAGAUGGGAUGACCCGGUGCUCUGCAUCGCCUUGGUUACAAAUGGCUGGGUGUUACUGAUGGGCUACGGGUUGUCCCAGAUCGCCGUCUUCUGCAGGGGGGAGGCCAAGUCCAAGGAUAUCCCUCUGAGCUUCGCAGGCUGGACCAGCCCCAGUGCUGAUAUCCCCGGACUGGCCAGCCCGAAGGAAGGGCAAGAAAACGGAAGCUUCGAGAGUGAUAGUGAGAAGAGGAGAGGCAGGAGGACUCAGCAAUCUCUGCGAUCGCCCUACGAGUCUGGAUUCUGCGUGACAGACAUCGACCCUGAGAGAGAUUACACCAUUCCUCGCCCGCAGACCACCAACUACGCGGAACCUUAUGAUGAAUAUUGA